AUGUCUGACCACAGAGGCCCUUACCAGCCGCCGUACCCCGGUACGACCGGCAUCAGCGACCCGUUCGGCGGGAGUGGCCCGAAGUACCCCGUGCACGGCGAGGAUGUGAAGUCCAGCCCGUUCGGCACGAGCGUGCCGCCCGCCUCGACUCCCCCCCCUGCGGCUCCGGAGCAGGCUCAGCCGUCGCCGGUAAUUGCCCCGCCGCCCAUGCCUCCCACGAACGUGAAGCCGAAGGAAGAUGUAGAGGAGGAGAAGGUGCUGAAGGGCAGCCUUCCCGGCCAGGUGUUCCAUGAGAGCUUCAAGUUUACGCCGCCCCCUUCGACGUCUGCGGCCAGCAGCUUCACCGAGACUAAAACGGGCGCCGAGAUAAUGGAGAACCUAAAAUCGAUGAAUACCCCAUCGCAUUUCAUCCGCUCUUCGGUGAACGUGCUACCCUCGAGCGCCACUCUGAUGCAGAAGACACACGUUCCGCUCGGCAUCGUGAUCAGGCCCAUGGCCCCGCUGUCGGAGGACGAUCCCGAGAUCCCGCUAGCCAACUCCGGGUCGGAGGCCAUCACGCGCUGCACGCGUUGCCGUACGUACAUUAACCCGUUCGUCACGUUCGACCGUGCGCGCCGCUAUUGGACAUGUAACAUCUGUGGUGUCCCCAAUGAGGCCCCGAUGCGUUACACGAACCUCUCCGGGGAUGAUGAAAACCUGCCCCCCGAGCUUAAGACCGGCCUCGUGGAGCACCUGGCGUCGGCUGACUACAUGGUUCGCCCGCCGCAGGCUCCUACCAUAAUGUUUGUGAUUGACGUGUCAUCUUCCGCUGUCAACAGCGGCAUGGUGGAGGUGGUCUGCCAAACGAUUUCGGACCUCAUCAAGCAGCGUGCUUUGCCCGGCGAUUCCCGCACCAUGGUCGGCAUUAUGACGUACGACACCUCCGUCCACUUCUACGAGUUGUCUGGUAGCAACGGCAACCCUAACAUUCUGGUUGUUUCGGACCUGGAGGACCUGUUUUUGCCUCUUCCCGGCGGCAUUUUGGUCAACGUCGCGGACGCUGAGGCGGAGCUGUUGAAUUUGCUUUCGUUGCUGCCCUCGACCUGGAAGAACACCACCGUCUCCGGCAGCUGCCUGGGCAGCGCAACGCGCGCAGCCCACUUCGCCAUGAAGCACGUCGGCGGCAAGAUCUGCUUAUUCACUGGCUCUCCGAGCUACUUCGGCGACUUUUCGCUGAACGCCAACGCGUUGAGCCAGUCGAAGUCCGGCACGCCCAACAUACAGCCUGUUGAGAAGUGCAAGGAGUACGCCAUCAUGGUCUCGAUGGCCCAGGUGUCGAUAGAGAUGUUCGUUUGCACGCCCCAGAGCGUGAACCUGAGUGCGUUGUACCACCUGUCCGAUUUGACCGCUGGCAACAUCCACCACAUGCCCUUCAAGACACACGUGGGCAACUCUAAGCUGGCGGAGGAGCUGCGGCGCGUGAUCACCAGGGAAACCGGUUGGGAGUCUGUGAUGCGCGUCCGCGUCAGCAAGGGUUGGAAGAUCACCAACUGGUUCGGCCAUUGCCACAUCCGUGGCUCGGACUUGAUGGUGCUGCCCAAUUGCCAUGCCGACCAAACGUUCACGCUGACGUUCGAGCAUGAGGACAAUGUCGUCAUCAGCAAGGUCGCCUACUUCCAGUGCGCGCUGCUGCACACCACUUCCCGCGGGGAGCGCCGCAUCCGCGUGAGCACGUACGCGAUCCCAGUGAGCGACAACGCCAGCGAGGUGCUGCUGUCGGUGGACCCGGAGGCCGCGGUUUUGACGGCUGCCCAGCUCGCGCUGUCUACUGCCAUGAACGGCAAGCUCAGCGACGCCAGGACGCAACUGCAGACGUUGUGCGGGCGCAUCUCCAACGCGAUGUCCACCCUGACGUCGAUGCAGGAUGUCACCAGCAAGAUUGUUAUGUAUGUGUUCGGGCUGCUCAAGUCGCAGUGCUUCAGCGAGGCCAACGUCCCCGCCGACGUUCGGAUGUACCAUUCGAUGCGCCUGAAGACCCUCCCCAUAAAGGAGCUGGCGGUGUACUGCUACCCGCGCAUGAUCUGCGUGACUGACGUGGCCAGCGAGAGCGGUGAAAGGGGGGGCUCGUGGCUCCCACCGUCGCUCAACCUCACCCACUCGCGGCUGACCCAGGAGUCGGCAUACCUGCUGGAGAACGGAGAGUGCAUGAUACUGUGGAUCGGCAAGGGCGUCUCAACUCAGUGGCUACAGUCGGUGUUCGAUGUCCCGUCUCUGGAGUCGCUGAACUGCGACCUGGCCGAGGCGUUCAUGUCUAGCUGCAAGAACCCGGCCGCUGUUAGGCUGGCAACUAUUGUGCGCGAGCUGCGUUCGCAGAGGUCCCCGUACAUGUCGCUGUCUGUAACGAGGCAGGGUGACGAAUCUGAGACGAAAUUCUUCUCAUGUUUGGUUGAAGACAAGACCCCGGGGAUGAUGCUCACUCUUAACGAGUUCAUAAACUCCAUCACCUUGCGCGUCCCUUUCCGCUUUCAGCUCUCCUAG